GCCAUGGCGGUUCGCCUUCUGGUCGCCCGGGCCCUGCGGCUGCUCCCCCGCUGCCGCCUGCGCUGCGCCCCGCGCCCGGACCCGCGCCCCGAGCCCCGCUCCGUUCCUUCCCCUUUCCCUUCCCCGUCCCCUUCCCCAUGGCGGCCGUGGCUCUCCUGGCUCCCCGCCGCCCGCCGCCUGCUGCUGCCCGGCCCGGCCCGCGGGCUGGCGGCCUCGGCGCUGCGGGGCCGCGGCGGGGCCUGCCUGGCGCUGGCCAUGGCGCUGGGGCUGGUGGAGCCGCGUCUGGAGGAGCAGCGGCGGGCGGAGGCGGCCUGCAGGCACAUCCAGACCGUGUUUGUUGGGAAGAACAAGCCACAGAAAGAUGCCCUGAGCUGCUUCCGCUGGCAGGGCUUCAAGCUGGAGGAGUAUCUCAUCGGCCAACCCAUCGGGAAGGGCUGCAGUGCCGCGGUGUAUGAAGCAGCUAUGCCUUUCUCCCGCCGUGGUGAGGGCUGUGUGGAGAGCAGGCACCCUGCAGGGCAUGGCUCAGCUUCACAGGCAGCAGAAGAGGAGCCCGUAGUGAAACAGCAACCGAAGGAGGCUUUUCCAUUAGCUAUCAAAAUGAUGUGGAACAUUUCGGCUGGUUCCUCCAGCGAAGCCAUCCUUGAUGCUAUGGGCCGAGAGCUUGUUCCAGCCACAGGGGUUGCCUUAGCCGGAGAGUACGGAGCCAUCCCUGGCCGCAGGAAACCCAUCCUUGGAAGGAAGAAGUUGCAACCUCAUCCCAAUAUAAUCCAGGUGAUCCGAGCAUUCACCUCCUCUGUCCCUUUGCUGCCUGGAGCCUUUGCAGACUAUCCUGAUGUUCUUCCAUUAAGCCUGAAUCCCAGAGGGAUUGGUCACAGCCGCACGCUCUUCCUGGUGAUGAAGAAUUAUCCCUGCACUCUGCGCCAGUAUCUGGGGGAGAACAGCCCAGAUGUUCGUCUCUCCACGAUGAUGAUCUUACAGCUCUUGGAAGGUGUGGACCAUCUUGUUCGCCAUGGAAUAGCACACAGAGACCUGAAGUCUGACAACAUCCUGGUUGAAUUUGAUUCUGCUGGCUGCCCCUGGCUGGUGAUCACAGACUUUGGUUGCUGUUUGGCAGAUGAAAACAUCGGCUUGAGACUGCCUUUCACCAGCUCUUACGUGGAUCGGGGCGGCAAUGGCUGUCUUAUGGCACCCGAGGUGAUCACAGCCUCGCCUGGUCCAGGCACAGUGAUCAACUACAGCAAAUCUGAUGCUUGGGCUGUUGGAGCCAUCGCCUAUGAAAUCCUUGGCCUGGCCAAUCCUUUCUACGGCCAUGGGGCCUCGGCUCUGGAAAGCAGAAGCUACCAUGAAGAUCAGCUCCCCAGCCUGCCCGACCAUGUGCCCCUCGAGGUGAAGCAAGUGAUAAAGAUGCUGCUUCGGAGGGAUCCCAACAAGAGACUCUCUGCCAGGGUUGCUGCCAACGUGCUUCACUUGAGCCUCUGGGGUGGAAGCAUCCUGGCGAGCCAGGCCCUGGAACCCGACCAGAUGGUCACCUGGCUCCUGUGCCAGUCUGCAGGCGCCCUGCUCACGGAGGGGCUGGUGGGGGAGAGCCUGGUGGAACCCAAGAUGAAGAUGUGCUUUCUGGCAAACCUCGAGUACGAAGAGCUCUGGGCAGCCGCAUUCCUGCUGCUGGCCUGGAGGAGCCGCUCUGAGCACAGCACAAGCCCAUGAUAAACGGUUCUCUAUGGGCACA